AGAGUGAAUUUAUGUGUUCAAGACCCAAAAGCCCUUUGGCUCAGACUGCUUCAGAUUAUAAGAAGGAUGGAGUGAUGGAUGGGUCUGAAAGACUAGAACUGGCUGAAUUUAACUGAGAUGUGUUUUUUCUUUCAGCUAAAUGGUGAUGAUCAGUAAAUGCCAACACUGAUGAUAAAAUGGUGAUAAAAGAAUAAAAAAGAAAUCAUGGCUGAGAAACCUCAGCAUUCGCCAGAGACCUGGACUGAGUCUGAAGUAAGCGACUGGCUAAGAGAGAUUGGACUGAAGGAAGAGUACAUAAAAAAGCUCCACGAUGCAGAAGUAAAUGGACGAUACCUCCUUUUAAUGGAUGUGAACUUUUUGAAAAAUGAGAUUGGUAUGAAAUCAGGGCCAGCUCAUUUGGUUAUACAAAAAAGAGAUGAACUCCUAAGCUCUCAGCAAAAAUGUCAGGUUAACCAAAAGCCCACUAAUAUAAAAAAAACUGAGUUGGAGCAAAAGAUUGGUCAGAAAUCGGCUCAGGUUCUGUCUGUAACAAAUGAAGGUCCUUCACUACAAGUUCCUAAGAGGGAUCAAGAUGCUGUUGAGGAGAAACGAGCAUCUCAGGAGCAAUGCAUGUUUGCUUCAAAGGAAGACUGCAAACCACGACCAUUUGAUGAGGAAGGGAUCGAUUUCAUAUAUGUAAAGCACAGAGUGCUGCAACCUGAAUCAGGUGCUUUCAACUUGACAUCUCCUUGCCAUGAAUACAAAUCUUUUGCUGUAGCUGCUACACUGGACCGCACAAGACUCCAAACUAAGUUUGCCAAAGAGGUACUUAAAUUUGCAACUGGCUGCAUGAAUAUCAGAUCAAAUGGGACUAUACACUUUGGUGUGAUGGACAGCAAGGAAGAUGCAGGAUAUGUGCACGGAGAAAUCAUUGGGAUCCCUGUAAAGGAGAAGGACAUUUUUGUAGAUGCUUUGGACUACAUUGAAAGAAGCUUCUCUUCUGACAAAGAGCAUGUACGCCAGUGUGUACGACCUCCAAGGUUUAUUGAGGUUUUAGAUCUAGAAAGUACUGAAAAGAGGUAUGUGGUAGAGGUUGACAUUGUGCCUUUACUAAGUAUCGUAAAGAGUAAGGUGUAUGCAGUCCGUUUGCCAAACUUCAAAGAGGCGAGUAAUAAAGUAGAAUUUGAGAAGGAAACUAUUCUACGAAGAGUGGGCUCGAAAACUGAGCCAGUGAGUGAGAAAGACAUAGGUGAUUUCUACCAGCGAAUCAAAGAUCGCGACACUCAGAGAGAUGAAGCAGAGAAAAAUCAGUUCCUCAAUGCUCCAGAGAGCUGCUUAGACCUCGGCAGGAAGCUCACAAUGCUGCUGACUAGUGGAAAGAAAUUCAUUGAAAAGGAAAAAUGGUUCAUACUUGUCACUAACAAAUUCAAACCUGAGGAUCUUUGCAACAUUGACUGGCUCCUCAGCAUGAAUGUGUUCUGCGUGUUUGACUUUGACCCAGACUCAAAGAUAUCAGGCCUUUGCAAUAGAUAUCUUCAGCACCAUGCCGCAAACCUGCACUUUCUACAGAACUACAGGAUAUCCGGAGGCACAACCAUCAAAGAAUUCACAAGCCGCUUGCUUCUGUUUGAGCAAACUAGUUGGAUUUUCUGUAAUGGACGCACUGACUUCAAAGGGAAUGAAACUCCAUGUGAUGAAAUGACCUGGAUCAAAACAAAAAUGACUUUCCUGCGGGAAUCUGUAUCUCUGAUCUGUAAACAAAUCUUGCCAAAGGGGACCUUUCAGGUCAUUUUUCUUCUCACAUCACUGGUUGAGAAACCCCUCUUGCACACCUUCUAUGAGUUUUUCACAGACAUGGAAGGCCAUGAAGACAUCAUCUGCAUCUGUGAAUCUGAGAAGAAUUUUCUGAAGUGGCAAAGCUUUGCAGAAGGUUCAUGUGGAAAAGAAACCGUGAACAAUUCCAGUGUUGUGGGGAUGAAGAUGAGUCAUGUUAAUGCAACUCUGCAGCAUGUCCAACCUAUAAAAGCACGUGUCAGCAAGCAUCUUCCAGUCUAUGUUAAAGGGACGUGUCUUCUUGAAACACAGAUAGAAGAACAGAUGUAUUCUCUGGAAAUUCUCACAGUCAACCAUUGUGACGAAACGACCAAAGAUUUCAUUAAUGAGGAGAAAGCAAACAUUGAACAACAGUUUUACCGAGGUGGGAAAGUCACAUGGUUGAAUUUCUGGCUUUCUGAGCACAAGUAUGUUGAAGAGGUAAUCAAAAGGGAUGCCUAUCACGAAACCUCCAAACUACUCAAUGAUGCUGUGAAGUGUAAUGUCGAUCAAACCCCAGUAAACAGUAUAAACAUCUACCAUCACCCAGGAAGCGGUGGAAGCACUGUGGCAAGACAUGUGCUGUGGAACAACAGGAAAGAUCUGAGAUGUGCACUUGUGAGGCCUUCAUAUCCAACUUGUGAUGUUGUACAACAUGCAGUACAAUUAAGAGAAUAUGAAGAAAAAGAUCCACAGAAGUGCCUCCCUGUGCUGCUUCUCAUUGAAGACACAGACAAAGAGUAUCUCGAUGAUCUCAGGAAUGAACUAGAGGUUGCUAUCAACAUCAAACGAAUCCAGUACGGAACUCUGUGUUUCAUUUUGCUGAGCUGCAGACGUUCCCACAAUCCAGAGAGGAAAUGCAAGGAGUCUCCAUUACAGAACGUGUCUGUUACCCACAAACUUUCUGAUCAAGAGAAGAGGAAGUUUGCUGGAAAACGACAGGUGCUUGAGGAGCGAUAUGAGCCUCAGUUCAUUCUCACGUUUGUUUUGAUGAGUGAAGGAUUCUCCAAAGAUUACAUUCAAGACUUUGUGAAACAUUUGCUCCAAGACAUUGAGCGGCACUCUGUUGUCACUCGCCUCAUGCACUAUGCUGCAUUGCUGAACACAUAUGUUCAGAACUCUUUCAUCUCUCAGUCACAUUGUGAAGCUUUGCUUGCCUUGACCAUUCACAUGGAGAGGUUUCGCCAGCAUGAGUUUGAAAGAUCUCUCAAUGAUCAGGCUAAACUAGUAUUCUUGCAUCUCAGAGAUGACAAGACACACAUUGAAUCAGUCAGAAUUAUCCACCCACUUGUGGCAAAAGAAAUUCUCCAACAGCUUCUCGGAGACCAACAGACCCAAAGCGGUUUAGCGAUGAAUUUGCUCUGCGAGGAUGUGCUUUUUGAGCACAGAUUUGGAAGGGAGGAGUACCUGUCAUUUUUGAGACAACUCUUCAUAAGACGAUCCAGAAUAAGUAAGGGGGACGAAUAUGACAGUUUCUUCUCGCCUCUGAUUGAGCAUGUGUGUGAAAAUGAGAAGAACCCCAACAAAGCAAUUGAGUUACUCAAAGAAGCAUUCCAGCGUUUUCAUCAAAACCCAUUCUUUGCACAGCAGCUUGCUCGUCUUCAUUAUACAUAUGAGAAGUUUGAAGAAGCAAAGCACUGGGCAGAGACAGCAGCUAAACAGCUGCCCAACAACUCUUACAUACUGGACACAAAGGGGCAGGUGUACCGGAAAUGGUUCCAAGCAAAAUGCAAAGCAAUAGAAAAUGACAAUAUACCAAAGACGGCCCAGAAUACAGCAGAUGCUGUUGAGACUGCUCUGAAAGCCCUCGAGUGCUUUCAGGAAUGUGAGAGGGCAACUGAUGCUGAAAUGGAAGAUGUUAACAGUUCAGGGUUCUUUUCUGAAGUUGAAGUCGGAUGCAGCCUCCUCAAACUGAUCUCCUCCCUGCAAUUGUUUGCCAACACAACCAAGGGCCACUCAGAAUGUAUGAAGUACCUGGUAACAGAUUACAUCCCUGAGGAACUUGAAGAAAUAUGGGAACCAUUUCAUGGUCGUUUAAAAAAACUUCACAAAACAAUGCAAGAUUCCUUGGAAUGGAUUUCAGAUGAUCUAAGUUACUUCCAGACAGAUAUUGGUGCAGAUGAAGAGACCACUGAAAGUCCUGAAGAGAAGAUUAGCCAUCCACUCACAUGGUUGGCCAAAAAAUCCUCAGAGUAUGGGAAGUACUUCAGUGAAGCAGAUUCUGCUGCACUUCUGCAACGAGGGCAGCUAAACCCAGCAGGACUAACUCCUUUCCAAAAACGCAUGAUCAUUUAUCAUCUUGGUGGAGGUAACAUCAUAUCCAUUCUCUCCAAGCUAACCGAUCCAGGGGAUGCGGUACGCCGUUUGGAGCAUAUCCUUACUCUCUACCCUAGCAACCCAUUAAAGGCCAGAUUUGGUCAAAGGGAUGUUGUCAAUUACAUAACAGCCCACAUUUCUCUGAACUGCCUGUCCCCACAAACUCAAAAGGUCGCUUCACUGAAAGAUCUACAGGCUCUUUGUCGUCAGUUCCCAUCCGAUAAAAGGAAAUGCGUGCCAAGUGCCCUGUUCUUGCUUACGUUGCUAUUCUGGCCAGAUGAUCAUGACACAGAGCGUGAGAGAGAAAGCAAAUAUGAAAUUGUGCAAUCAGCAGUUGAGCACCUGGAAAAAGAAUACUGGAGCAAAAUGAAAGACAUCCCUCAGCGGAAAAGAAGGAUAUACACACAUUUUUUUCUUGGAAAUGGCAAUGGAUUGGAUAAAUUUGUCCACAAGAGGAAGUUUGACAAUAUCACGAAAGGCUUCUCAGUCUCUGAGAAACGCAUGAAGUGGUUCAGGGGUGAGGCGUGGAAAAGCCCCGAGAUUGCCAUGAUGCUGAAACGUGUUUGUGGAUGGACAGAGGAUGGAGUGGUGUACCUUGAAGGCCCUCAAAAAAAGAGGUUUAAUAUCCUGCCUCUUUUUGUGCCUUCAGUGCCCCAUAGUAAUGAAAACAUCACCUUCUACCUGGGAUUCACCUUCAGAGGCCCUGUUGCUUGCAACAUCCUUGUGAACAGAUAGUUUGCCUUGAUUCACGUUAUUACUAAGAGCACAAGAACUCCCAUGAACACACUUUAAAAAACACACAAGCCUUAUGUUAUUCAUUUAGGCAGAGUUGGCAAAAUAAUACAAACUAAAAUAUUGAUGAACAAAGUUUGAUGUGUUUUUCUAAGCUGUAAAGUCAGUCAACAUACAUUAUAUACACUUCUUUUUUUCCCUUUAUUUGCAAAUGUAUUUGUAUACAUGAAAACUAUUAAUCAAUUCUAUAUUGUAAUUCACUCAAUAAGGUAUCAUGAGCUUACUAAUCUUAUGCACACACAAGUCAGUGAAUGAGGAAAAUAAGGCUUUCAGUGUGCAAAUAUACAGUACUAUAUUCAAGGAAAUACUGCAAGCCACUUAUUGUGCAUACAUUUGUUUUAAACUGGAUGACAUUUGCUGAUAAUGAAAUAUGCUAAUAUUUUUACCUGUUUUUUUUAAUAAACUUUUUAAACAUGUACCUAACUACAAUAAACAUUUUCCAUUAUUCU